AUGACAUCGGGACGAUCGAAGAAAGAGCGUUUGAAAUCGCAGAAGGAGCAGGCAAACGUCUACGUCCGUGGUGAAAAGCUCCGCAGCACACAGAAAGUGUGCUACACUGAGGAAGAGGAGCCCAGAGAUGAAGAUUAUCUCUAUUGUGACGAGUGCCAGUCCUUCUUCACUGAUGAAUGCCUGGUCCACGGCCCCCCUUCGUUCAUUUCGGACUCUCCAGCGCCCGCAGGGGCCCCCGACAGGGCCCGGCUUACCCUGCCCCCCGGUCUGGAGGUCAGAGUCUCCAGCAUCCCUGGAGCAGGCCUGGGGGUGUUCGCCAAGGGACAGACAGUGCCCAGGGGAGUGCACUAUGGACCCUACGAGGGAGAGCUGACUGAGGAAGACGUAGCCAUGGAGAGUGGCUACUCCUGGAUGGAGCAGAAUCUUGUGGCUUUCCAGUACAGAGGGUCUAUUCUGUAUCGCUGCUUUAACCCCAUUCACCCAGGGCAGGAGCUGCUGGUGUGGUAUGGGGACGACUAUGCCAAAGACCUGGGUAUCACCUUCGACUACCUAUGGAGCAACAAGUGCUCUUCUAAAGGGAGCGAGGAUAUUCCUUCUCAGUUCUUCCCCUGUACUCAGUGUUCGCUCUCCUACACAGCAAAGAUCUACCUGCAUAAGCACAUCAAGCACUCUCACCAUGAGGAAUAUUUGAGACUGCUCAGAGCACGAUCAGUCACACCAGAGAGUCUCCAGCCUUCCACCAGCUCCCACAGGCACUGUGCACCCUCUCAGACUGUCCCAGAUACAGUCAGACUCCUCAGCCCAAAACAGGUGGACACCAGCAGCAAGAGAGCGCAUGCAUGCGCUCACACAGGGGAGAGGCCGUACCACUGCGCCCAGUGUGGGAAGAGUUUCAGUCGGGAAGGAACCCUUAAACUACACCAGCGAACUCACACAGGGGAGAGGCCGUACCACUGCGCCCAGUGUGGGAAGAGUUUCAGUCAAGGGCCAGACCUUAAACUACACCAGCGAACUCACACAGGGGAGAGGCCGUACCACUGCGCCCAGUGUGGGAAGAGUUUCAGCCGAGGGGCACACCUUAAACGACACCAGCGAACUCACACAGGGGAGAGGCCGUACCACUGCGCCCAGUGUGGGAAGAGUUUCAGUGAGAAGGGAACCCUUAAACUACACCAGCGAACUCACACAGGGGAGAGGCCGUACCACUGCGCCCAGUGUGGGAAGAGUUUCAGUGAGAAGGGAACCCUUAAACUACACCAGCGAACUCACACAGGGGAGAGGCCGUACCACUGCGCCCAGUGUGGGAAGAGUUUCAGCCAAGGGGCACACCUUAAACUACACCAGCGAACUCACACAGGGGAGAGGCCGUACCACUGCGCCCAGUGUGGGAAGAGUUUCAGUGAGAAGGGAACCCUUAAACUACACCAGCGAACUCACACAGGGGAGAGGCCGUACCACUGCGCCCAGUGUGGGAAGAGUUUCAGUCGGGAAGGAACCCUUAAACUACACCAGCGAACUCACACAGGGGAGAGGCCGUACCACUGCGCCCAGUGUGGGAAGAGUUUCAGUCGGGAAGGAACCCUUAAACUACACCAGCGAACUCACACAGGGGAGAGGCCGUACCACUGCGCCCAGUGUGGGAAGAGUUUCAGUCACGGGUCACACCUGAAAUGACACCAGUGAACUCACACAGGGGAGAGGCCGUACCACUGCGCCCAGUGUGGGAAGAGUUUCAGUCGGGAAGGAACCCUUAAACGACACCAGCGAACUCACACAGGGGAGAGGCCGUACCACUGCGCCCAGUGUGGGAAGAGUUUCAGUCGGGAGGGAACCCUUAAACAACACAAGCAAACUUACAUGCUCAAGGGCAUAUGGUAA